AUGUGGCCGGCAGCCAGUGAGCGCUUCAGGCCGCGCUACGAGCCUGGUGGUCCGGAGUGUUGGACAUGUCCUCCCUGCUUCAAGCGGCUUGUCGGUCAGUAGUUCGGCGGGCGACGGCGUGGGUGCCGAGGCGGUGGCUGAGCGAAGGGGGAGUGGGUGACGGCGGAUCGGAGGCGGAGGGCGCGCUCCGGCGGCGGCUGGAGUCCCUGGUGAAGAAGGACAAGGUGGUGGUCUUCAUCAAGGGCACCCCCGCCCAGCCCAUGUGCGGCUUCAGCAACGCCGUGGUGCAGAUCCUGAGAAUGCACGGCGUCGAGGGCUACGGCGCCUAUAACGUGCUGGAGGAUCAGGAUAUUCGGCAAGGUAUUAAAAACUAUUCCAAUUGGCCGACCAUCCCGCAGAUCUACUUUGACGGCGAGUUUGUGGGCGGAUGCGACAUUUUGCUACAGAUGCAUCAGAAUGGAGACCUCGUUGAGGAACUAAAGAAACUUGGCAUUCGCUCUGCGCUGUUAGACACGGAGAAAGAGGACGCAAAAUAGAGCAGCCACCCUCCAAUGUCAACUGCCCCCUGACUUGCCCUUGUCAUGUGGUUGGUGGUGUGUUGGUAUUAAUUUAGUUAUUACUGUGUCAUUGGACCUUGGCAGGGGUGGAGUGUUGUAAGAACACCACGGAGAGCCUCAUGGUGAUAUACUGAUGGCAUAGGAGAGUUCAACGUGUCGGACCGUGUUAAGCAACGGAAAAGGAUACCUAACAGAAGCAUAAUUGUGGUUUUUAAUUGCUCUCUUUUUUAAGGAAUCAAUAAAAUAUUAUGUUAUUUUGCUUUUAAAAA